UCCAUAUGAGAACACACACCGGUAACUGCCCGACUUGUGAAAUCUGUGGCCAGAAAUUCCCCUAGACAAUACAAUUUAAAAAUACACGCAAGCGUCCACAUGUUGGAGACGUUUAAAUGUGACUUAUGUGGUAAAAUGUUUAAACAAGAAGCGAAUUUGCAAGCGCAUAUGACACAACAUGCAAAUGGUGAACAAAGUUACGUUUGUAUCAUAUGCGGUAUGGUGUUUAAAAAUUCUGUGAACUACCAGAAGCAUGUAGCAAACCAUCCUAAGGAAUGGCACAGGUGCCCUAUAUGCAAAAAGACUUUACCCACAGUUGCAGCUUUAGAACUGCAUUCCAUACGCCACACACAAGAACGUACUUAUAAAUGCACGGUUUGUGGCACAGCAUUUAAACAUAAAAGUUCACACAAAUCACACAUGAAAAAACAUUUAGGCGAGACUUCAUAUAAAUGCGAAAUCUGUGAAAAAACAUUCCCAAGAAGUGGCUUCUUGCGCAACCACAGAAGCAUACACAAAAAGUGUAUGAUUUGCCAGAAAGUAUUCGCUUCAUAUAAAUCUUUACAAACACAUUUGAAAACGCAUAGUGGUAAGAAACCUUUUCAGUGUCAUUUGUGCAAUAAAAGUUUUACUGAAAAAGCUACCAGGGAUAUUCAUGUGAAGACACAUACGGGGGAGAGACCGUAUCAGUGUAAUAUUUGUAGUAAGAGAUUUGUGGCUGUUAAAUAUUUGAAACCGCACAUGAGAGUGCAUACGGGGGAGCGACCUUUUAAAUGUGAUUUAUGUGGAAAGGCUUACAUGGAUAAAAGUACUUAUAAAUCGCAUUAUAUGAGGAAUCAUGGUAACAAUCAAUGA